GUCACUCGGUAGCUUCCGGGCUGGCAGUACUGGUCCCGGUGAUGCUAUGAUUUACAGUUUUACUCAAUUUUAGAUUCGUUUUUUAUGACAGACUCACGGGUGUGAUUUAUAAUCAUAUACGCUGCGUUGAAAGAUUAUAUCAAUAUCAUGUCAGAGCUCGGGUUACAAGGAUAAAUACACUUGUUCCAGUCCCGCAGCGGUUCAGGCGUAGCGGUUGAGAAAAGAGGUCUGCACAAAAGAAUUCCCUCCUGCAACCUUCUCCCUCAGCAGCAAGUCACAAUAUUCACAGAGCAGUGACCAGUGCAAACUUCGUCCUUAAAGAUGAAGUUGAAGGAGGACAUGAACCCCCUGUUGCUCCAGGUCUUCCGUUCUGUGGUCUGGGUCUACUCUGUCAUCACCUUCAUACCCUGGUACUUCUUCUCGGGAGCAGGCACCAAUCUGGAUCGUGCUCGUCGGAUCAAGGCACGUACGGUUAGCGGACACCCAGCGGGGCCUUACAGGGCCAUUAAUAGCCAACAGAAGCUGGUAGCAUGGCUGCACCCUGGGGUGGACACCCUGGACAAAAUGUUUGAACACGCUGCUGGGAGGUUUCCACAGAGAGACUGUCUGGGCACCAGGGAGGUGCUCAGUGAGGAGGAUGAGCUCCAGCCUAAUGGGAAGGUCUUCAAGAAGGUAAUUCUGGGGAACUACAACUGGCUGUCGUACGCGGAAGCCUACGAGGCAGCAAAGUGUUUCGGCAGUGGCCUCGCAGCUCUCGGGCAGAGGCCUCAGUGUAACAUCGCCAUCUUCUGUGAGACCAGAGCAGAAUGGAUUGUGGCAGCACAAGCCUGCUUCAUGUACAAUUUCCCACUUGUGACCCUGUAUGCCACUCUUGGACCCAUGGCCAUCGCUCACGGCCUGAACGAGACUGAGGUCACACACAUCAUCACAAGCAAAGACCUGCUUCAGAGCCGACUUAAGGCCAUACUUUGUGAUGUGCCGAGGCUACGGUAUAUCAUUGUAGUUGACAGUAAGCCCACAAGCUGGCCAGACAUCCCCAGAGGCAUCAUGGUCCUCAACAUGGACGCUGUGAAGGAGAUGGGAUCCAGGCCUGAUAAUAUAGCAGUUGACCGCAGACAGCCACAGUCCUCGGACAUCGCCGUCAUCAUGUACACCAGCGGCUCCACAGGCAUCCCCAAGGGUGUCAUGAUCUCCCAUGGCAACAUCAUUGCUGGCAUCACUGGCAUGGCUGAGCGAAUCCCUGACCUCAAUGAGACAGACACCUACAUUGGCUACCUGCCGUUGGCCCAUGUUCUAGAGCUCAGCGCUGAACUGGUGUGCAUCUCUCAUGGCUGUCGCAUCGGCUACUCCUCCCCUCAGACUCUAGCUGACCAGUCGACCAAAAUAAAGAAGGGCAGUAAAGGGGAUACCAGUGUGCUGAAACCUACUCUCAUGGCUGCCGUACCAGAGAUCAUGGAUCGAAUCUACAAGAAUGUGAUGACAAAAGUGGAGGAGAUGAGCAAGCUCCAGAAGACGCUCUUUGUGCUGGCUUAUAACUACAAGAUGGAGCAGAUCUCUAAGGGCUACAGUACGCCUCUCUGUGACAGUCUGGUGUUCAAACGGGUGCGCGCGCUCCUGGGAGGGAACACGCGGGUGCUGCUUUCUGGCGGUGCUCCACUCUCGGCUGCCACACAGCGCUUCAUGAACAUCUGCCUGUGCUGCCCCGUGGGGCAGGGCUACGGUUUGACGGAGACCUGUGGAGCUGGCACCAUCAGUGAGGUUUGGGACUACAGCACGGGACGGGUCGGUGCUCCGCUUGUUUGUUCAGAGAUCACACUCAAGGACUGGGAGGAGGGUGGUUACUACAGCACAGACAAGCCUAACCCACGGGGAGAAAUCUUGAUCGGGGGGCCCAACGUAACAAUGGGUUACUACAAAAACGAAGCCAAGAACCGCGAGGACUUUUAUGUGGAUGAGAACGGCCAGAGAUGGUUCUGCACCGGAGACAUUGGAGAGUUCCACCCGGACGGCUGCCUCAAGAUCAUUGACCGUAAGAAGGACCUGGUGAAAUUGCAGGCAGGCGAGUAUGUCUCUCUAGGAAAAGUGGAGGCUGUUCUGAAGAACUGCCCUCUCAUUGACAACAUCUGUGCCUAUGCCAACAGUGACCAGUCGUACGUAAUCAGCUUUGUGGUGCCAAACCACAAGCAGCUUAUGGCACUGGCGGAGCAGAUGCAGGUGAGGGGCACAUGGGAGGAGAUCUGCAACAACUCUCAGAUGGAGAAAGAGGUCCUCCGCAUCAUCACUGAGGCUGCUAUCUCAGCAAAACUGGAGCGAUUUGAGAUCCCCAAGAAGAUCCGGCUGAGUUCUGAGCCCUGGACACCAGAGACCGGCUUGGUCACUGAUGCAUUCAAACUGAAACGCAAGGAGCUCAAAACACACUACCAGGAAGACAUUGAGAGGAUGUACGGAGGAAAAUAACACAUAGACACACUCCAAAACAACGCAUAAACAUAUACACAUAUAUACUUGCACGCAUUACAUAAGGAGCUCAGAAGCCACUACCAGGACAAACUUGGAGAGGAGUUAUACUUUAGAUACAGGUAACACACACACACACACACAUUAAUACAGACACAUAAAGCGUCUCAUACACCUCCUCCUCGGCUUCCCUGCGACCAGCUUCGAUCAAAGGAGGGGGGACAGUAACUCUUGAAUCCCUCUUAAUGCUCUCUGUCAAGAGAGAGUCAGAAAAAAGGCAGAAGGUCCCUCACAGACAACUGAACCAGCCAGACGUGCACGUGUGGUGCGAAUGCAUCCGCCACACCUCUUUGAUGGAUUUUUGUAGCCCUUUGAGUUGUCAUGACGACCGAGGUGGCACACGAAGUCGGAAACGUCUGCACGACUUGAAGCAAAACAAAUGUCAGGCUAGACGAAUCUGGAUCAAUGUCAGCGCGCGCUUCCCACCCCUACCCCCUCUCUAUUGCUUCUCUUCCCACCCCCUCCCCUGCUCCCUGGAGCCUUCCACCAGUUGAGCAUGGUCGUGGACUUGCAGUGCAGAUACCUGGCAGGGAAAAUUGGGGUAGCAUGAGCCUAAUAGAGGGAUCCCUCCUGGGCUUUAAGUAACAUUCAGGUUGGAAUCUAUGCAGGGAUCUCUAUUAUCUUUAAUUUUCUUUUUUUUAAUGUGUCGCUUUGUUUCUUUCAUGUUUGGUUUGUCAGCUUUGAAACUCAUUUGAUGAGGGGUUUUUUGUGUGUAUGUGCAAGGACUCUGUGUUGUAAAGCCAUGAGAGAUUGAGCAUUAAGAUGUUUUUAAAAUACUUUUUCUUACUGUUAUUUUAUUAUUGAGGGUUUGUUUUUCUUUAUCCUCUUGUUUUUUUUUUAAUUGCCGUUUUGUUUAUGCUAAUUAUACUUUAAUGAGCUUUGUUUACAAGCUUUUUUUUUCCCUUUUCUCCCAUUGUUUGCCUGUGUCCCAAAGUUUGUACAUUUGAGUGUGUAUUCACUGACUUGACUAGUAGAAGCGAUCCAGUCUUGAGUCCCUUCUGCUCUUGGCCUUUGCAGCAUAGUCAGACAUCAGUAGUAAAAAGGCAUCCAUUUUUCUAUCCCUGCUCUUUGCCCCAGCGUUCAUUUUUGUCCAUAUCCCAGCAGCCCCCCCUGAAUGCCCCCCAACCUGUGUCUUAUUGGCUCUUUUGUUGGCAUCACUGACAUAACAGCAGCCCUGCCGCAUCUGCCACGUAUUCCUCCAGUCGUGACCAAUGCACCGUAUGGAUGUCUCCAAGGGAACUUAGCCUACUGUAGAAAAAUAGUUACACUAGUUAGCCUUUCAUUGGUUGCCCCCCAUGGUUACUUUUUUGGUGCAUCUGUGCAUUAUGUCCUUUUUGCCAUAGGUCUAGUUACUGUUACUUUUAUCUUUUUUAUUUUUUAUUUCUGAAUAUAAAAUACAAAAUGAAUGUGCAAUAUUUAUACUCAAAUUUUAACGUAAAGUAUGUAGGAAGGAUUUAAAAAAAACACACAGACAGCAGCCCCUCCAUAGUGUGUGAAUGUUCAGGCCUUUUACUCUCCACUUCAGUGCAUAAUGGAAGGUCUAUAGGAAAAAAGCAUAGGAAUAGAAAAGAGAAUGGUAGACAGACACUGAUAGGGAAGUCUAGAUGUAGCCCAUUUGAACGUACUGUGCUGAAACUAUGUAAUGUUCUUAAAUGAGACUGUAAAGUGAAUUUUUUUAAUAUUUGGCAUUGUAGAAAUUGCAUGAUGAAAAGUGUGCAACUGUACCAAAGCACCUGAAUAUAUAUUUGAGCGAGAAAUGAGUGAAUCACACUCAAAUCAAACAACUGAAGAAAUUCCUUAUGAAUACACUCCCUAUUUAAUUGUGAGUAUAUAGCAUACGCUGACUUGACUUCAUCAAAUAACAUUUCUGUAUCUCCAAAUUGGUUUAUGUGUAUGAUACUGUAUGUGUAAUGUAUAUAAAACAGGGUCUACAGUUCUUGGAUUCUGUUAACUGCCAUUUAUUUGAGCUCGUGUAUGUUUCCAGAUUGGUGGUGAUAACUCUGAGUGGCAUCAGUAUGAGCGACACUCCUGCUUCAGUUUCUUUCUUCUCUUUAGGUUUAUGGACAGAAGAAUAGACAGUGUUUGGUCAGUGGUACUGUGCGAGGGUGUCGUCUCUCUUGCAGCCACCUUCUCUGAACGCAAACCCUGCUUUGCUUAUGCUGAAGACAUAUAGCAUUAAUAAAGGUACAGUCAGGUACUUUAACAGCCUCUCUUUAUCAGAUGUCUACUAGCUUAAUACAGAAAUUAUUUUAGCAUGUAUAAAUUUGACAAUACUGUCACGACCUUCCUGUUUUUUUUGUUUGUUUGUUUUGUUUGUUUGUUUUUUCUAAUGUUUCUCUCUCCUGACAUUUCAGUGAAAAGUCAGUAGAUUACUGUGCUGUUUGCUGCUUUUCCUCUGCCUGGCAAGAGGCGGCUUGUUGCCUUCUGACACACAUGAGCUGUCUUCAGGGGUCUUAAGAAUGUGAAGCACUCCCCGCGUUCUGUUGAUAGCACACAUGCCGUGUCCUACUAACAACAUCCAUUUGAACUUAGAGCAAGGCAAAGACAGUGGAGUGGUGCAAAGAUGAAUUUGGCCACUCACCGCUGUUGUCACUUGCAAUGUAAAUAUGUCGAGAGGGCAGGGGGAUCAAUGAUCAAACUUCAUUAAAACUACCAAUAAUUGUACAGGUGUAAAGGCUCCUGUUAACAUAUUUAAUAAUCUUUGUUACUGACCAGUUUUUGAGGGUCUCCUCCUUGUUUUGUGUGGUUAAGUGGCCCAGUGAGCCGGGCUAUUGCAAGUGUCUCCUUCCUUAUUUAUUUGUGAUUUGGCCUUGAAAAUUAUGUAAUGAAAUUAAAAAAAAAGUUUGUGUUGUAA